CACGUUGGAGCUCUUUAGUGUCUAAGAGGUCACAAUGGCCGCUGUAGGCCUUGGACGAGUUUUUCGUCGAUUUCAGCCUCUUUCUGUUAUUAACAGAUGUAUUUCCACCACUCCUAAGGUUCGAGCUGUCCAUUGGGAGAAGGACUUCUUGCCUGGUCCCUACCCUAAAACAGAGGAGGAGAGGAGAGCCGCUGCUAAGAAGUAUGGUAUGCAGCCCGAGGAUUAUGAACCAUAUGACCCAGAACUAGGGUGGGGAACGGGGGAUUACCCCAAUGUUGAACCAAUAGGAAAAGAUCUGAGGUCGGACUAUGAUCAAUACGAUAAUUACAGAUUAAAGAAGAACUUCAAUGAACCGCUCCCUUAUGACUUUGACUGGGUGGAUAAAGUAGACUAUGGCUGUAGUUAUCAUCCUCACACAGAGCGUGAAAUUGUCAUGUUCCUGUUCUCUUUGGUGGGAUUUUUUAUUCUUGGAGAGUAUCUAUGUAACAAAUAUUUACCACGGCACGUUGAGGCGCUGCCUAAACAAUUCCCCUACACCUACUCUCAGGUGGUGAUGUACAGAGAUCCAUCAGAGAUACAGAGGACUGUCCAUUACACGUUUGAACCAGCAGAUAGUAAGGAGUGAAGAAAUGUGACAAAAAUAGACACUAAUAUGGCUUAAUGUGAAGAUUUGAACAUGUGUAAAAGUUAUG